GGGGGCGGGCCCACGCCGCGCGCAGUGCCUCGCCAGAAGCGCCAGGAGCAGCUACUGCCGCCUCAGUCGCCUCAGUCGCUUCAGGCUUGGUCGCCUCAGGCUCAGGCACCACUGGGAUCUUCAGUCCUCACCCCCCAGCCCCGCCCCGGCCGCCCUCCCGUGGGCCGGCCCGCGGGCACGCCCUCUGCCGCGGGACAGGGCUGCCUACAGAGGGAAGCUCUUCACAUGGUUCCAUAUGGACAGUGUCCUUGCCCACGGGGAAGCAGGCGGGCUGGCAGGACAGGCGUCCCCAGGCCGGGAGGAGGAGCCGCUCGCAGGUCACGGGGCCCCACGACCCGUCAGCCCUCCCGCAAGUCGCCAGAGCCAGCUCUGAUGCUCUAGGUCCCAAGGGUGAACCCGCACUGUCUAUGGAUCUGCUCUGACACGUCGAGCCUGCUUAUGGGGGAAGGUGACACCAUCUGGGCCCCAUCUGUCCUUCCUGACGGCGCCCUCGGCACCCUGAGCCACCACCCCCAGCUGCAUUUUGGAAGAAAGAUGGAGUCCAAGGUCUCGGAAGGCGGCCUGAACGUGACGCUGACCAUCCGCCUGCUGAUGCACGGAAAGGAAGUUGGCAGCAUUAUCGGAAAGAAAGGAGAGACUGUGAAGAAGAUGCGUGAGGAGAGCGGGGCGAGAAUCAACAUCUCAGAGGGAAACUGCCCAGAGAGAAUCGUGACCAUCACGGGCCCCACGGACGCCAUCUUCAAGGCCUUUGCCAUGAUCGCCUACAAGUUUGAAGAGGACAUCAUCAACUCCAUGAGCAACAGUCCGGCCACCAGCAAGCCUCCGGUGACGCUGAGGCUGGUGGUCCCCGCUAGCCAGUGCGGGUCCCUGAUUGGCAAAGGCGGCUCCAAGAUCAAAGAGAUCAGGGAGUCCACAGGUGCCCAGGUCCAGGUGGCCGGGGACAUGCUGCCCAACUCCACAGAGCGGGCAGUGACCAUCUCGGGGACCCCGGACGCCAUCAUCCAGUGUGUCAAGCAGAUCUGUGUGGUCAUGCUGGAGUCCCCACCGAAAGGUGCCACCAUUCCCUACCGCCCAAAGCCCGCCUCCACCCCUGUCAUUUUUGCAGGUGGUCAGGUAAGAGCCGACCCGCUCGCGGCCUCCACUGCCAACCUCAGCCUUUUACUGCAGCCCCCGCCGCUGCCCGCCUACACGAUCCAGGGACAGUACGCCAUCCCCCACCCAGAUCAGUUGACCAAGCUCCACCAGCUGGCCAUGCAGCAAACCCCCUUUCCUCCCCUCGGACAGACCAACCCCGCUUUCCCCGGAGAAAAGCUGCCUUUACACUCCUCCGAAGAAGCUCAAAAUCUGAUGGGCCAGUCGUCAGGUCUGGACGCCAGCCCCCCGGCCAGCACUCACGAGCUCACCAUUCCCAAUGAUCUAAUAGGCUGCAUAAUUGGACGCCAAGGGACCAAAAUCAAUGAAAUUCGACAGAUGUCUGGAGCGCAGAUCAAAAUCGCCAAUGCCACGGAGGGGUCAUCAGAGCGCCAGAUCACCAUCACGGGGACCCCAGCCAACAUCAGCCUUGCCCAGUACCUCAUCAACGCCAGGCUGACGUCCGAGGUCACCGGAAUGGGCGCGCUCUAACCCCACGGCGCCCCCACGCUCACCACCUGUGCAGACUGCCCCCCGCCCCCCGCAGAUGUAGAGGUUUCUUUACCAACAGAAGCUAUCUGUGCCUGCCUAGACCUAUGCCCACAAUGCUCCAAGUGUGUCUGGGGCCCCUGGCUCCACCCUGACACUGCUCCAAGUUCAUUUAUGCCUGCUCCUCACGCGUUGGCAUGCCAUGUCCAUUAUUUUAAAGGCUUUGUGGCCACUCCCAUCUGUGACGCUCUAGAAACGUUGUUCCUUAGUGUCUGUGUAACCUUUUUAAGAUUUGGUUUGAUGUGUGGACAUUGUCUCCGAGGCCCCAGAGCUGUGGCCGCAGGAAGCCGCCCCUCCUGGGCGCCCUCGGCCUUGUCUCCCAUGGCCACACGGGUCAGCACCGGGUGGGGUGCACAUCUCCCUAUGUCUGAGGGCAGGAGAGUGGAGGGCUCGGGGUUGUGACGGGGAGGAGGGAGCGGGCUGCUGGGCCCCAGGCAUCUGUCUUUGGGGCUGACAGUGUGGACCGGCUGGGAGGCACCUCUGCACUGGGUCCCAGUUCAAUAAAUGAUGCGCGCUGCCCCUCA